GCGAAGGAGGGGAAGAGAAACAUGAUGAUCCACAAGGUGUCUUUGUUGCUGAUGCUGAUCAUAGCAACUGCGGCGAUGGCAUCCGGGCAAAACUGCACCAGGAGAUGCGGUAGCAUCGACGUUCCCUACCCGUUCGGCAUCGAACCCGGCUGCUACCGGGACGGAUUCAACCUCUCCUGCAACGUAACCGAAUCCAAACUCUACCUUGGCGGAAAAGAAGUCCGUCAUAUGGAUGUCCCGAAUGGGGAAAUAACAGUGAACCAGCGCAUAUCUUGGGACUGCAACAAGAGUUACGUCAACCCCGACGGAUCAUUCCCAAUGGACCUUACUGGUUCUCCCUACACGUUCUCUGGCACUCGCAACAAGUUCACGGCCAUCGGAUGCAACACCAUCGCUCUCUUCGUCGGUGUCACUGAUCAGUCCUAUUCGACCGGCUGCGUGUCUAUCUGCAACCGCAAAACAAUCUUCGCCAACAGUUCCUGCUCCGGCGCCGGUUGUUGCCAGACCUCCAUUCUCCCUGGCCUCCAAUUCUUCAACAUAACCUUUCCCGCCAUCACCGGCCACAAGGACAACUCGUGGGACAACCCCUGUAGCUUUGCUUUCCUCGUCGACGGCAGUUGGUACUCCUUCCGAACAACCGAUCUCAAUGAAACUGACUUCUAUUACAGAAAUGACGGCCGCGUUCCGAUGGUGCUGGACUGGUCGAUAGGCAACGUGGGAUGCGAGGAAGCAACGAAAAAUUCGACCUCCUACGCAUGCCUCAGUAAUAACAGUUUCUGCCUCAAAGCCACCAAUGGCAUCGGAUAUCUCUGCAAUUGCUCGCGCGGUUAUCAAGGCAACCCCUACGUGGAAGGCGGAUGCGAAGACAUCAACGAGUGCGAUCACCCAGAAAAGUAUCCAUGCCACGGAUUGUGCGCCAAUUUACGUGGGAAUUACUCAUGCACAUGCCCCAAAGGCACGAGCGGGGACCCUUUCUUAUCGGCAUGUCAAAGUUACAGUUCAAGCUCAAGCUCGAAAACUAUCAUCAUAGCCAGCGUAAGCGUUGGAGGGGGCAGUGUUCUGGUGCUCGUAGCUACUGUUGCACUAUGGAGAAUUCUGAAAGAGAGAAGCGUGCGGAAAAGGAAGGAGAGAUUCUAUCAGCAGAAUCUAGAGUUGCUAAGAAAAGAACAAUCUUCUUCUUCGGAUGUCGCUCUGAUCGAAAGGAUGAAGAUCUAUGAGCUAGAGGAGUUGGAAAAGGCCACCAAUCAUUUCGACAAAACCCGAAUCAUCGGCGGCGGAGGCCAUGGCCACGUCUUUAAAGGAAUGCUGUCCGACCAACGUGUGGUUGCUAUUAAAAGGCCCAACAUAACCAAUCAAGUUGAGAUUGCCCAAUUCGUCAAUGAACUCUUCAUUCUUUCUCAGACCAACCACAGGAAUGUGGUUAAGUUCUUCGGGUGCUGCCUACAGACCCAAGUCCCCUACCUAGUCUUCGAGUUCAUCUCCGGUGGUACGCUCUCCGAUCAUCUCCUAGGUGUCGAAGGGGUCUCGCCUCUGUCAUUCGAAGAACGUUUGAGGAUCGCCACAGAAGUAGCAAAAGCACUGUCCUAUCUCCACACCGAAGCUUCCAUAACCAUUUUCCACAGAGAUAUCAAGUCGUCCAACAUACUACUCGACGAGAGGAACACCGCCAAACUAGCGGACUUCGGUGCUUCCAGGGCUGUUUCCUUCGAGCAAACUUCGAUCGCUACGGGUGUUCAAGGAACAUUUGGAUACCUGGAUCCUGAGUACCACCAAACAGGAAGACUAACUGAGAAAAGCGAUGUGUAUAGCUUCGGAGUCAUUCUGGCGGAGUUGCUGACCGGCAAGCUUGCCAUUCCUCGCCAGGAGAACGAUGUGGUGAGACAUCUAGUCAUGGAUUUCCUAGUUGCACUCAAAGAAAAUUCACUGUUUAAAGUUCUAGACCCUUUAAUCCUCAAAGAGGGGAGCCGAGAAGCAGUCGAAAGGAUUGCAAGGCUGGUGGAGAGGUGCCUCAAACUGAACGGUAAUGACAGGCCAACGAUGAGAGAGGUGGAGGAUGAGCUCGAAGCCGUAAGAUCCAAGAAGACGAAAGCUGAUGACACCAUGGUUUCAGGGAACAGAGGCGGCGCUGCAUCAUCUGAAACUAUUCGAAGAAUUAGAACUGGACAACAUAGUUUUGGAAGACAAUUUCCAAAUGAUGGUGGCACAUAUUUUAGCAACACUGGAAUCAUGAGCAAUGAGGGAGGCACGACAACAUCAACUGAAGCAAUCGGGACGAGUUCAACGAUGCAGUACACCGUGGAGAUGGAACUCGCGUUGUUAGGUGAAAUGCCGCGUUGAUGAUAUUAGUCUAUUUCGAGUGCGUUGUGCUGUUUCCUUGGUUUCUGUGGUCUGCUUUCGCGUGAAGACAUUAGUGUCGCAAUAUAAUUGUACCGUGGUCUUCUUUUCCCGUCUCGUAGUGUAUGAACUCCUAGAUUGGGAAAUGGUGUGCACUUCAAUUCAUAUAUAUAUAGAGAAUAAUUUCAAUUACAGUAAUAAUUCGUCCA